AUGGAAGUACUGCAUUGGAUUGCACUCAUUCUGUCCAUUUUAGCAACCAUUCACAACCAUAUAGGCCUUGUGGAAGCUUCUACUGACAUAGGUGUUUGCUAUGGAAUGUUAGGAGAUGACCUCCCUGCUGCUACAGAAGUGGUUAAUCUGUACAAAAAAUAUGGCAUUGGCAAAAUCAGACUUUUUAAUCCAAAUCCUGCAGCACUCCACGCACUGAGAGGGAGCAAUAUCGACGUCACUCUCGGCAUUCCGAACGAAGACUUAGCCAAUUUGGCAGGAAGUCAAGGUGCUGUGAACACAUGGUUUGCCGCAAAUGUAGAGCCCUACCUAAAUGAUAUCGUCUUUAAUCACAUUGCUGUUGGCAAUGAGGUCAUUCCUGGUUCCUUGGCCGUGCACGUUUUGCCUGUCAUGAAGUAUCUACAAAACGUCAUCAAUGACAAAAACUUAGAUAGUAUUAAGGUGACCACUGUUUUGUCAGGGACUGCAUUAGCAUCGUCAUAUCCGCCUUCAAAUGGUGCAUUCAAACCAGAGGCAAGCAAUGUUAUGAGUGCCAUUCUUGCAUUUUUAUCAGCACGAGGAUCACCCCUUAUGAUCAAUGUGUAUCCUUACUCUGCCUACUCAUCUGACCCUGCCAAUAUACACUUGGACUACGCUCAGUUCACUGCAACUAGUCCCGUGGUUCAGGACAGGGCCUUGAGCUAUUAUAACCUGUUUGAUGCCACGGUGGAUGCUUUUUUCGCAGCAAUGGAGAAAGCGGGAGGGGGCGGUGUUGGUGUUGUGGUGUCUGAGAGUGGUUGGCCUUCUGAUGGGAAUGGAGAUUUCACCACACCAGAACUUGCAGGGACAUAUAACAGGAAUUUCUUGAAGCACAUAACCUUAAAGGCAGGGACACCAAAAAGACCUGGUGCUUACAUUGAAGCCUACAUUUUUGCCAUGUUCAAUGAGAAUCAGAAACCUAGUGGCGUUGAGCGGCAUUUUGGACUUUUUUAUCCAAACAUGCAGCCUGUUUAUCCUGUGUUUUAAAUCAAGAUGCAGAA